AUGGCUUCCAGUGACGGCAAGAUUCCGCUGAGCGCAUUGGUCGGUGUUGGCCUUGGACAGCCUUCCAAGUGGCUCAUCUUUGACGCCCCGACUCUGUCGGCGACGGCCCGCACGAUACUGGUCGUCGCCGGCGCCGCACUUCUGGCGGUUGGCGCCAGCUCGGAUUUGUUUGUGAAAGCGGCGCUGGUGACGCGGCAGGUCAAUUGGCGGCAGGUCGGCAACCGCAUCGUGCACCUGUCCGAGAGCAGCCGGUGGUUCUUUACGGUGGUGAACAUCACGCGAGACGUGUACAAACGAUGGUAG